CCCGCUCCGUUGCCCUUUGUGUAUUAUAACCUGAGACAACCAAGGGAGUAGCGCUGUUAAACACCGGUGGGAAUCAUUUGUUUUGUCAAAAUGCAGAUCUUUGUGAAGACGCUGACUGGUAAGACCAUCACUUUGGAGGUUGAGCCCAGUGACACCAUUGAAAAUGUCAAGGCUAAGAUUCAGGAUAAGGAGGGCAUCCCUCCUGACCAGCAGCGUCUGAUCUUUGCCGGCAAACAGCUGGAAGAUGGCCGCACCCUCUCCGACUACAACAUCCAGAAAGAGUCCACCCUCCAUCUUGUGCUGCGUCUGAGGGGAGGCAUGCAGAUCUUCGUCAAGACCCUGACUGGCAAGACCAUCACCCUGGAGGUGGAGCCCAGCGACACCAUCGAGAACGUCAAGGCUAAGAUCCAGGAUAAGGAGGGCAUCCCUCCUGACCAGCAGCGUCUGAUCUUUGCUGGCAAGCAGCUGGAAGAUGGCCGCACCCUCUCCGACUACAACAUCCAGAAGGAGUCCACCCUCCAUCUUGUGCUGCGUCUCCGUGGAGGAAACUAAUCUGCUUCUGCUAAAAGAAUUCCCAGUUAACCCACCAUCUAUUUCAGUGUUUAAAUCGCUCGUUCUCCUCAAGCAGUCAGGCAUUCCUUUUUAAUUUUUUUUUUUUUUUUAUUCGAGUUACAAUUAUUCCUGAAUUUUGCUUUUAAUUUCACUUUGCAAUUUGAACUGCUUAGCUGACAGUGGUGUGUUUUUUGGGUUCCACAGUGUGAUUUUUAGAUUAAAAAAAUAUGCACAAACAUGAUGUUAAAAUGAUAAUAUUGGAAACAUGUUUAAGUAGUGCAACAUUGAUUAGAAGUUAACAGGUUUAAAUCGUCAGUUUGAUAGAUGAAAGUGUUCACUGUAUUUCAUUGCAACCGUCAGAGCAAAAUCUCCAUGGAAACACUGCUGUUACUAAUGAUAACUAAUAAAAUGGCUUCUCACCAUAA